CUGACUGAAGACAGUGUUUGAUGAGAUAAAGAAUUGUGUUUCAGACAUUUGAAACCACAGGCAAGGCUCUCUCUCGGCUGGUAUCUGUGCUUCUUCAAGCAUUGGCAAGUUCUCCUCAAGGCUUUGCUUGGAUGCAACAUUUGAUCUCAUCUCGUCAAUAUCAACACGAUGGCAAAAGACUCAUCAUUACUGGUAUUUGUUUCCAAGCCCAAUCGAUGUUGACUCUGACGAUAGCGGAGGGCCUAUGGUACCGGAAAAAGCUCGCAUAAAAUAAUUCUCGUGUCCAUGGCGGCUGGGCGAACACCACGUCGGGAUACUACAGUCUUUAUCAAUGACGUUGACGACUUUCCAGAAAUCCACAGUUAAGGUAUAGUGUAAUUAGCGCAGUUAUUAACCAACUUUGUGUCCGUUACCGCCUUGGCUAGCCCAGUAUCCAAAGUUGAAACAUGUCGAACUCUGGAUGACAGACAGCCGGAUUUCCCACCUGUUUUGGCGACACGUGUGUACGCUCUUGGCAGCGGCUCAUGAAGAGAAGAAAGCAUGCGGUGAAACUGCAGCCUCUCUGGCAGUGUCUCUCGGCUGCCGCGUCAACACCUCCCAUUUGCGAACUGGUGAUUGUCGACAAUCGAGGUGGCGCUAGUCCAGACUGCCAAGAGGUGGAACGGCACAUCUUGCUCAGCUCGCUGCACCUCGAUUCGGUGGGACAGCCCCGACCCUGUCGAGCCUUUGUGUCUUUUGUCCGGGGCGGCCGGCCGGGCGAGAAGGCUCUGUGA